AUGCUUCCCAAGGUUGAGUUCCAUAAUUGUUCUGGGUUGUUUCCUCGUUAUAUUGAAUAUCCCAAAGGCUUAGAUCUCAGGAAACAACUUGCUGAUGUAAAUAAUGCAGGAACUAUGGUAGUGCACUCAACCAGACCAGAACUGGGGGUCCCCCUGGAUGGCCUCUGGAUAAAAACUAUGGAAGAUGUGGCGAGCCUGCACCUUGCACACGUGGACAUGGUGCUGCACUCAGCCAAACCAGGAAUGGGAAUCCCGUUGUCCCGAUUCUGUACGGUGGUUUAUUGGACGCAGGCGAACGGCUGGGGUUUCUUGGAGUUCUCGGGGCUGAGGAGCUCGUCGCUGCCCUUGAGAAAGAUCAAUACCCAAGAUGACUUCCUCUCCGUCAUCGCCUUUAAGAUCUCUGCGGUUGGAAGAGGGAGAGGUGGGUGCCGGAAGGGGCCGGCGGAGGCGAAGAUAAAGGUGGCUAUCAAAGGGUUCGGGCGGAACUUUUUGCGGUGCUGGCACGGGCGCAAGGAGUCCCCAUUUGACGUGGUGGCCAUCAACGACCCCGGCGGCGUCAAGCAGGCCUCCCACCUCCUCAAAUACGACUCCACCCUCGGCAUCUUCGAGGCCGACGUCAAGCCCGCCGGUGAUGCCGCCAUCUCCGUCGACGGCAAGGUCAUCCAGGUCGUCACCAACCGCAACCCACUGGAUCUCCCAUGGAACUAACUGGGCAUCGAGCUGGUGAUCAAGGGGACGGGGGUGUUCGUGGAAAGGGAAGGGGCGGGGAAGAACAUCCAGGCGGCCGGGCGCAGAUGGUGCUGAUCAUGGCCCGGGGAAGGGGACAUCCCCACCUACGUGGUGGGCGUCAACGCCGAGACCUACAACCCCGACGAGCCCAUCAUCAGCAACGCCUCCUGCACCACCAACUGCCUCUCCCCUUUCGUCAAGGUACUCGACCAAAAGUUCGGCAUCAUCAAGGGAACCAUGACGACUACCCACUCUUACACCGGUGACCAACGGCUGCUGGAUGCAAGCCAUCGUGACCUCCGACGUGCGCGAGCAGCUGCCCUCAACAUCGUCCCCACAUCCACCGGUGCUGCCAAAGCUGUGGCCUUGGUCCUCCCCACCCUUAAGGGCAAGCUCAAUGAAAUCGCCCUUCGAGUCCCCACUCCUAACGUCUCUGUUGUUGACCUUGUCGUUCAAGUUUCGAAGAAGAUCCUCGCUGAAGAGAUCAAUGCUGCUUUCCGGGACAGUGCAGAGAAGGAGUUAAGAGGCAUUCUCUCCGUGUGCGAUGAGCCUCUUGUGUCCGUGGAUUUCCGUUGCAGCGAUGUGUCAUCCACUGUAGAUUCGUCGCUGACCAUGGUUAUGGGCGACGACAUGGUUAAGGUGAUCGCAUGGUAUGACAAUGAAUGGGGUUACUCACAGAGGGUGGUAGAUUUGGCUGACAUUGUUGCAAACAACUGGAAGUGAUUGUCUUGAUGGUUGGAACAGUGUUGCCUUGUAAUUUUUUGUUUCCUCCAUUUUAAUCUUCUUCUUUAUUUAUUUAUUUAUUUAUUUUUUUCGGAACACUGUAAUGAGAACUAAAACCUUUUUGAUUUUCUAUUGUAUUAUCACUGCAUAA